AUGAGAUUCUCUACUACUGCCGUGGUUCUCCUCUCUGCCGCCGCCGCCUACGGCCAGACUACUGAAUCUACAACCACGUCCGUAGAUCCCAUUUCCUCAUCCAUUGCAAGUAUUACUUCUUCGGCGUCGAGUGCUGUAUCCUCCAUCCAGAGUAGCACCCAAGCUCAAGCCUCCAAUAGCUCAGUUCAAGCCUCGUUGAGCUCUGCCCUUUCAAGUGCAACUGCUCCAGCUAGCUCCGCAAUUAGCUCCAUCUUGAGCUCUGUAUCAAGCGCUGUUUCUUCCGUCUCUUCUGUGGCGGCCAAUCCCACGAGCUCAAACAACGCAGGAGUUGCUAUUGCUCCUGACUUUGGCGCUGCCCUUGGUACGACCGCCGCUGCGCUUCUUAUGGGCGCUGCAGGACUUGCACUUUUGCUCUAA